AUGGCAGAGAAACAGUCCAACACCGCAGAGCUCGUCGAUACCUCUUCUUCUCACGUCAAGUGUGAAGUCAAAACAUGGCAUCUACUCCAAAAGGAAGAUGGCACGGAAGAGAAGACUUCGGUUGAAGGCUUUGGUCACAUCGAGCCUUCUACAGAGCAUUUCGCACUGGUCGUGACCCGAAAGAUCGACAAGAAGCAAAAUCUCGAGAAAACAACGCUCGAAGUGAAUUCUCCUUACAUCUUGAAAGCAUUCAGAGAUGUCGUCAAGUCACACCCGACUAUCCCUUCGGACUUCUCGUCGCCUGUGUCGAUUCCUGUUCCCUCGGAGAUGUUGUUCCACCACUGGGACGAUCUACAUAGCUACACCUCCGACAUGGAAGACGAUACUGCCCGGUCCCAUCUCGCAUUGCUGCUCAAGUUCAUGGAGUUCGACAUGGGUGCUGCAAGAAAGAGCUAUCAGGCACAAGUUCGUAGCGGCCUCGUCGAGUUCGCCAGACUAGGCAUUCUUUUCCGCCCUGGAGAUACUGUCGUCACGUACAUCAAGUCUCACCCCUGGCUUCUCAAAGUAGACAAGACUGCCUACGAAAAAAACGAAAAACGAGGCAAGUAUUGCGAGAUCCAAUGCUCAUACUCGGACUACGAUGGCGAGAAUCACGGCGUGAGCAAGAAACUGUUUCGCAUAUACCAGAAAGAAGAUUUUGGGUCGGAUCAUCCGUCCAAGAUCUUGGCUCUUAAGGUCUAUCCUAGAGCCUGCGCUCCAGAUGAUGCGGAUCUGGAGCGUCGUCUGCGUGAACGAGGUCAACUCUUCUUAUCUAUUACUGGUAUCAUGGUUCGACAGUAUGAUGGUGCUGCUCAGUAUCUGAAAUUGCCGCCUUUUACCUUCUUCCACCCUGAUGAGAACGAUUGGCCUCAGCUGUGGAUGCCCUUCACCGAAACUGGACGGGUCAUCAUUGACCGCAAGACCUUCGAGCAAGACCACCCCAGCGGUAUUAUCAGCAAACGUUCAUUCGAGUCACUAGAUACUGCUCUCUGUCCUCCCUAUGUCAUCGGCUUCUCCUGCAGCCGCAAAGACUGGUGUCGCUUCUACGUCACUAACCUCGCAGAAGUAAACUGGAGGCCCAAUGCCUUUGACGAACUCAUCCUUCCUCAAAGCCAACUUAAUCUCAUUCGUGCACUAGUUACUUCCCACACUUUCCCCACCGAUGCACGCGACGAAGACCAGCAAAAAGGAAAAGGUCUCGUGUGUCUACUCCACGGCCCUCCUGGCUCUGGCAAAACCUUGACUGCCGAAUGCGCCGCUGAAACAACCCAAAAAGCACUUAUCCGCGCCUCCAUCUCCGAACUGAACAAACACGACUCACCUUGGUUCUUCGAACACGAACUCACCCGCGUCUUGCGUCUCGCCACAACUUGGAAAGCCAUCGUGUUGCUCGACGAAGCAGAUGUAUUCUUAGAAGCCCGUGGCGAUGAUUCCCAUGAUGCAGCUAAUAGGAAUGCACUCGUUGCUGUAUUCCUACGCCAUUUGGAAUACUUUUCGGGAAUUGUGUUCUUGACUACUAAUCGGAUACAUGUCUUUGAUGCUGCGAUGAAGUCGAGAGUACAUUUGGCGUUGGGCUAUCAUGAACCUUCUCAAGACUCGCGUCGCCAGAUCUGGAAACAGAGUUUGGAGAGACAGAGUCAGGUGCUUUUGAGCAGUGCUGGGGAAGAAGUUGAUGUAGAUGGUGCGGCGGAGCUGUUGAGCGCUGAGAGAUUGAAUGGCAGAGAGAUUUCUAAUGCCAUCCAUACUGCAAGCACAUUGGCGAGGUUUGCAGAAGAAAGGCUGGCACUGAGACACAUUCAGGAGGUGCUGGGCGUAAGAAGGGAUUUCGAGGCUACAUUGGAGGCAAUGAGGAAGGGUACUCUGGAGCAUGCUCCUCAGAGUAGCUCUGCGGUCAAGAGGAACUCGAUCAUUGACUGA